GGGGCCGGCCCGUGGAGGAGGAGAGCGGCGAGGAGGCGGCGCUGGUAGCGCGCGGCGGCGGCGGCGCGGAGAGCUCGGACCAGGAGCCCCGAGAUCUGCUGGGCAGCGGGAGACAAGAAGCCGCAGGAACUGCAAGCUCUGCCAGCUUGGGCCGAGACUAGAGACACCGGCCUGGCUGGUCCACGCCAGCCGCAGACGGUGGCUGAGCAUGGAGCUGUCCCCCCGCAACGCUUCAGAGAUGCUAGAAUCGGAUUGUCCGUCACCACUGGAGCUGAAGUCAGCCCCUAGCAAGAAAAUGUGGAUUAAGCUUCGGUCUCUGCUGCGCUACAUGGUGAAGCAGUUGGAGAAUGGAGAGGUAAACAUUGAGGAGCUGAAGAAAAACCUGGAGUACACAGCUUCCCUGCUGGAGGCCGUCUACAUCGAUGAGACACGGCAAAUCUUGGACACAGAGGAUGAGCUCCAGGAGCUGCGAUCAGAUGCCGUGCCUUCAGAGGUGCGGGACUGGCUGGCCUCCACUUUCACCCAGCAAACUCGAGCCAAAGGCCGCCGAGCAGAGGAGAAGCCCAAGUUCCGAAGCAUCGUGCAUGCUGUGCAGGCCGGGAUCUUUGUGGAACGGAUGUUCCGGAGAACGUAUACCUCUGUCGGCCCCACCUAUUCCACUGCAGUCCACAACUGUCUGAAGAACCUGGAUCUCUGGUGCUUUGAUGUCUUUUCCUUGAACCGGGCAGCAGAUGACCAUGCCCUGAAGACCAUUGUUUUUGAGUUGCUGACUCGACAUAACCUCAUCAGCCGAUUCAAGAUUCCCACUGUUUUUUUGAUGUCAUUACUGGAGGCUUUGGAGACAGGCUAUGGGAAGUAUAAGAAUCCUUACCACAACCAGAUCCACGCAGCUGAUGUUACCCAGACAGUCCAUUGCUUCCUGCUCCGCACAGGGAUGGUGCACUGCCUGUCGGAGAUUGAGGUCUUGGCCAUCAUCUUUGCUGCAGCCAUCCAUGACUAUGAGCACACAGGCACUACCAACAGCUUCCACAUCCAGACCAAGUCAGAAUGUGCCAUCCUGUACAACGACCGUUCUGUGCUGGAAAAUCACCACAUUAGCUCUGUUUUCCGGAUGAUGCAGGAUGAUGAGAUGAACAUUUUCAUCAACCUCACUAAGGAUGAGUUUGUAGAGCUGCGGGCAUUGGUCAUUGAGAUGGUAUUGGCCACAGACAUGUCCUGCCAUUUCCAGCAAGUGAAGUCCAUGAAGACAGCCUUGCAGCAGCUAGAGAGGAUUGACAAGUCCAAGGCCCUGUCACUCUUGCUCCAUGCUGCUGACAUCAGCCACCCAACAAAGCAGUGGUCGGUCCAUAGCCGCUGGACGAAGGCCCUCAUGGAGGAAUUCUUCCGCCAGGGUGACAAGGAGGCAGAGCUUGGCCUGCCCUUUUCUCCACUCUGUGACCGCACUUCCACUCUGGUGGCCCAGUCCCAGAUUGGUUUCAUUGACUUCAUUGUGGAGCCCACAUUCUCUGUGCUGACUGAUGUGGCAGAGAAGAGCGUCCAGCCCCUGGCGGAUGAGGACUCCAAGACCAAGAACCAGCCCAGCUUCCAGUGGCGCCAGCCUUCUCUAGAUGUGGAUGUGGGGGACCCCAACCCUGAUGUGGUCAGCUUCCGCUCUACCUGGACCAAGUACAUUCAGGAGAACAAACAGAAAUGGAAAGAACGGGCUGCGAGUGGCAUCACCAACCAGAUGUCUAUUGAUGAGCUGUCCCCCUGUGAAGAAGAGGCCCCACCCUCCCCUGCGGAAGAUGAACACAACCAGAAUGGGAAUCUGGACUAGCCCGGGGCCGGCCCAGGUCCUCCCUGAGUCUGAAGUAUCUGAUGUCAUUAGCACCAUCCAUUGGGACUGGCUCCCCCACCUGCUCCAUGAAGAGACAACCCACCCGAAGGCCAAAAGCCAGAGAACACGGGGUUGAGGGAAGGGCCCCUCCCCACUGACACCCAUUGGGGCGCACUUCAAUUUCCUGACAGCAAGACCAGGAAACUUCAGGCUCCCAAUGGUCACUGUGCCCACUUCCCUGUCUGUGGACACCCCUCCUGGCCUGAUGGCUGCCUGGGAGAGGGGAGCUUUCUGAGGCUUCCCAGGGUUAAGGGGGAGGGUCAGAGAUGCCAGCCCCCUGUGUCCUCCCCUAUCCUUUUUGCCUCCAAGUUUCUAAGCAAUACAUUUUGGGGGUUCCCUCAGCCCCCCACCCCAGAUCUUAGCUGGCAGGUCUGGGUUCCCUUUUUCCUCCCCUGGGAAGGGCUGGAAAUGGGUAGAAAGCUGGGGUUUUUAAAGCCCUACAUGUAGAGAGGGGAGGGGGUUCCCUCAGGGCAUGGUUCCUUUCUAGAAUAGGGUGGGGGUGAGUAUCCCCAUUACCUGAUUUGCACUGCUUCGGCCCCACCUCCAGCCUGACUCCCUGCCAUCUUUUCUCUCUCCCAUGCUGAAAUGGUGACUGGGGGAAGAGAGGAGCCAUUGGGAUCAGGUCCAAGGGGGGCCUUUCCUGGGGUCCUAGAGAACUUGGGGCUGGUCUGUGCUCCUGGGGCUUGUCACCUGCCCUAGCUGUCUCAGCCUGUUGCCUCUUUCUUCUCCCCUGGAGCUAGGCGAGGCUCCCAUUCGACCAAUGUCUGUAAGUGCUUUGAGGUCUCCCCAGCAAAAACCUUCAGGAUGCAUUUUAUGAGCACAGGCGGGAAAGUCCAGCCAGGUCUGGGUCUCUGGUAUAUGGGGAGGGUAAGGUACAAUUUCUAUCCUGUUUUGCUAAAAGAGAGGGUUCUUUCCUGUCCCUUCCCCCUCCCAGAACUGGCUCAGCUGCAGGUACAAGAGACUCCCUGGGACAGUGGCUGGUAGAAGGCAGGCAGGGGAGGGGUGCAGGGCUCUGCGAUUGGGACUUCUGGAGAAAGCCUAGCCAAGCUUGGUGCCCCUUCCUCUCAGGCUCCUCCUUGCUCCUACCUUGCCCUUGAAAGGCCAGAGUCCAGGUAACUGCCCCUUCCUCUCUUGUAAAUACCAACCAUGCAUCUGUACAGUGAGCCCUGUUCUUGUGAAGUUCAUACCCAUAGCCCCCUGAACUUGUCCUGCCCACCCCACCCCAGUGGGGCAGAGACGCAUGUGACUCCUGCCCUUGGUCUCCCAGGCCCCUGCUAUAGCCAGAGAUCAAUAAAGAAGGGAGAUUGGG